AAAAAGGAAAAAAGAAAAAAUAGCUGGAAACAAUAACAGGGCCAUGUUUUUAGAUUCUCCGAAAUUGGAGGGGAAAUCAUGCAAAAAGACAAAAGUUAGCGUUUUUACUUCAUCCCUUUUCUUUUUUUUUUUCAAUUUGGCCUUCCUUCCUUCGUAUAACCAAACGAAACAACGCGAAGACCAGAAAUCCAGCUCUAUCUUGCGCGCGCUCGGUUCUUCCUUCUCUGAAGCGAUGAGUCUCUUCGGUCUAGGCAGCAGAAAUCAAAGGACUUUUCGCCCCAAGAAGAGUGCACCAUCGGGGAGUAAGGGGGCUCAACUCAGAAAGCAUAUUGAUGCCACACUCGGUAGUGGAAAUUUAAGGGAAGCAGUGAGACUUCCAACUGGGGAGGAUUUGAAUGAAUGGCUGGCUGUCAAUACUGUGGAUUUCUUCAACCAGGUGAAUUUGCUAUAUGGUACCCUCACAGAGUUCUGUACUCCUGAGAAUUGUCCUACAAUGACUGCAGGACCCAAGUACGAGUAUAGGUGGGCUGAUGGUGUACAAAUCAAAAAGCCCAUUGAGGUCUCUGCUCCAAAAUAUGUUGAAUAUUUAAUGGAUUGGAUCGAAUCCCAGCUUGAUGAUGAGUCGAUAUUCCCUCAAAAGCUUGGCACACCAUUUCCUCCCAACUUCAAGGAUGUCGUGAAGACGAUAUUCAAAAGGUUGUUCCGUGUAUAUGCCCACAUUUAUCAUUCUCACUUUCAGAAAAUUGUGAGCCUUAAGGAGGAGGCACAUUUAAAUACAUGCUUCAAGCAUUUCAUACUUUUUACUCAUGAAUUUGGUUUAAUUGACAAAAAGGAGCUGGCUCCACUUCAAGAGCUGAUCGAAUCCAUUAUUGUUCCAUACUGAACAGGGUUUGGCAUAACUGGACAAAAAAGAGAAAAAAGGAGAUCCUAUUCUAUUCUAGGAACACAACUAAUUAAAAUAAUCAAUUGGUUUCUGAAUUUUUAAUGUAAUAUUUAUAUGUUGUCUUUGUUCUGUGUACAUGGUUCUGUGUUUGGAUAUUUUCUAAGGUUGUGGAAACUGCUCCCUACUCUUCCCAUGAACCAAGCUGAUUUAAAGAAAACCAGCUUCUUGAUUCAAAGGGAAUGAAGUUGGAACGCUUGUUAGUUUCAUGUUUCUCUCAUCUUUUCUUAUAUGAGGUUGCAUUUCAGA